CAAGAUGCGCACGCAUCUGUCGCCAUAUUGAAACUAAGUUCUCCAUUGCCUUUCAAGCUGUUUACCUCUCCAAUUUACUAUUUAUACUGCGUUACCAAGAUUAUUUUUUAACUAUGGCUGACCAUGAUGUACAGUUAGCAAACCCGCAAAGUAGCAGUCCACCGCCACCACCUAAAAGUGGCGAAAACUCCCCCGCUGCAGAAGACGAGCUAACGCCGACCAACAAAGGCAGUCCAGCGGCGCCUGCUGAGCAGUUGUCUGCGGCUGAAGGAUCCGAAGGAGCCGCGGUGGAAAACGCCCAGGCUCCAGUGCAAAUGACACUUGAUAUUUCAAGUUUUAGGAAGCCAGGCGAGAAAACAUUCACACAGCGAUCGCGUCUUUUUGUUUCCAAUCUGCCGCUGGAUCUACCCGAGGAGGAAUUCAUCCAUUUAUUCGCUAAAUAUGGAAAUACAGCCGAAGUAUUUAUCAAUAGAGAGCGAGGAUUCGGGUUUAUUCGUUUGGAGAGCCGUACACUUGCAGAGAUUGCAAAAGCAGAGCUGGAUGGGACGUUCUUGAAUAAUCGACCAAUCAGGAUCCGCAUUGCUGCACAUGGCGCCGCACUCACUGUGCGCAACCUUUUACCUGUUGUCACGAAUGAGCUUUUGGAACAGGCCUUUUCUCAAUUUGGCCCGGUGGAACGAUGUAUCGUUGUGACGGAUGACCGUGGGCGGCCCACUGGUAAAGGCUUCGUGGAGUUUGCAAGCAAAACGGCCGCACGUAAAGCUCUGGAACGCUGCACAGAGGGCGCCUUGCUGCUAACAGCCACACCCUGCCCAGCCAUUGUAGAGCCCACAGAGCAUUUUGAUGAUGUAGAAGGAUUGCCUGAAAAGAUGUUCUCAAUAACUCCAAAGUACCUCAAGGAACGAUCACAAACACCGCAUUUCGCUCAGCCGGGAACAUUUGAGUUUGAAUAUUCGUCUCGCUGGAAAGCUCUUGACGAGUUGGUGAAACAGCAGCGAGAUCAGAUUGACAAAAGCAUUAAAGAAGCCAAAGAGAAGCUGGAAGCCGAACUAGAGUCGGCAAAACAUGAACAUCAGCUCAUGUUAAUGAGGCAUGAUCUAAUGAGACGUCAAGAGGAGCUCAGGCGAUUGGAGGAGUUGCGCAACCAGGAGCUUCACAGACGAAAGCAGAUAGAGUUGAGGCAUGAGGAGGAGAGAAGACGCAGAGAGGAAGAAAUGAUGAGAACACAGAGAGAGCAGGAAGAGCUGAGGCGCCAACCAGAUACCUUUAAACCAGCCUACCAGGACAAUAGAGAACAGGAAAUGAGAGUGGCUGAUCUGGGCCCUCGUGGAGCCAUUAAUAUGGCAGAUGGCUUCAACCAGGCCCCGACAGGGCCCAGCGCUAACCAGGGUCAGAUGAUGAACAUGGGUGGAAGGGGCAACGCCAUCAUCCCAGAGGCUACUGCAAACAUGUCUGAAAAUGGCAACAUGCGAGGUGACAGAUAUCCGCUGAGUAGCUUGUUGGCAGGACGAGCGGAGGUGGAGUCACCUAAGCAACAGCAGCAGCAGCAGCCGGCGCCGCAGCAGCAGCCACCGUCAACAACAGCACAGGGUCCGUCACCCAUGUAUGGAGGGGGGAGUCCUGUAGAUGGAGUGUUUGAUGGGCCAAAUAGCAAGCGACCCCGCUAUUCACAGUGACCUCCUUACUUCCCGACUUCAUCAAAUGUGAAUGCGUGCUGAUCGCUACUAUUUUUUUUCCCACAUCUCAGCGCUUUUCGUUAUGAUUCUUUUGGACUGGCCAUACUAUGUUUUUACAUUUAAUAUUUCUACUACAAAACCUAUAUGCAGUAAUGCAUUCUGCGAAAAAAAAUUGAGUAAGGCAAGAGAUGACUUCUUGUACAUGCUUGACUCAGAUACAGUCUUUGUUUACUUUUUUUUCCGUACCAAAUGUGUUGUGUUAAAAGAAACAAUUUAAAAUGCAUUAAGGUGAAUUCAAGGAUGCUGUUAAUUUCCCCCCAAUCAAACUAGUGAGUCAAAAAGUCUCAAAUGAAGUUGCCCAUUUUUAUUGGUUUGAGCUCCUGCCCCAAAAAUAUUUGUGCGCAUUUCUGCAAUUUUGGGUGUUGUGUAACAUAACUCACCAAACUCUUGGGAUUUGAAAUGUGUGUUAGGGUUCUACCCAGAUUUGUUGAAACGUGACAUCAUGGAAUAAAUCAAUACUUUUCUCAA